GAACGGCGAAUCAACCAAGUUAAGCAAGACAAAGCCAACACGCGUAUCUUCCCCAGGCAACCGCACCCCGCGCAACAAAGCGUACGUACGUCCACAGAGGCUAUGCAAGCCGGUUUUGGCCUCUAGCUCGAUGAAGCGAAGAAGGAGCGUCGGGUAUAUAGGGGGUAGGAAGAUGCGGAGGAGGAGCAAGGACUCAUCCAUCCUCGUAUUCGAUACUUCAAGCUCUCACCUCAAGUCGCAAACUCGCAAGUCGCAGUCGCCUAAGCCCUCCAGCCAUGCCUAAAGUGCCCAAAAAACAGGAGAAGGUCCUCGCCACCGUUCUACCAAGACAUCGGUACACUACGCGCGCUGUCACCAAUGCAAAGUUGCGGGGGCAACUACACAUCGCCGCGCAGAUCAAGCGUGACACACAACAGACCUCGCGGAGUAGGAAGAACCGGGCCGUACGCAGCUCCAACACUCCAGAUGCGGAGCACUAUGCCCGUCGACUCGCCCUCCUCCCGAGCGCUAGGCGCAAGCCCUCCGUAUCUCCUGCUAAGAAAGUCAGCUUCGCUCCCCCCGACGACCGUUCUGAGACCGGAUCGGCCGACGGUCGAGCGGACGCUCGCGUCAAACACGAGAACGACGAUUCCAGCGAUGCGGCAACCGACGCCGACGGUGACACCGAUAUGGGCGACGACGACCGCGGCGAGAUCGACGACGUCGACGCACGCAACCGCGAACCGCGGCGGGUGCCCAUCGCCCGCAGGAGAGGCAUGGUGGGCGACAACCCCUACCCCCUCCCUGGGCCACAGGCUGGUCCAGUCAACCCUGGACUGAACCCGCAGAUGUACCACGGCCACAUGCCGGGGAUUGGUUUCUACGGCAACCCAUUCCUUGGGCAGGGGUUUGAGGGAGCUUACGGCAUGGGCCCACAACAGCCUUUCUUCGGGGAGUAUGGUCAGGCCCCGAUGCUGCCAUUCGGCGCUGCCAUGGUGCAACCCUUCGGGGCGUCAUGAACCAUCAGGCAAUGGGUGCGGGCUUCCAACCUUACGGGGGCGUGGCGAACCAGCAGUUCAUGGGUAUGGGGAACCAGCAGUACCGAGGCGCGCCGAACGACUACCUAUUGGG